AUGAUUGAUGCUGCCGUGGAAGCGGGAGUCAAACGGUUCAUUCCAUCUGAAUACGGCUGCGAUAUUACGAAUCCGAAGACUGCCAAUCUCCCGGCAUAUAAAGAAAGAGUUAAUAUCAAGAACUACUUGCAGAACAAAGCAGAAGCGUCAGGGACAGUUUUCAGCUACACCACCAUAUCAACCAGCAUCCUCGUAGAAGCAGUGGUGGGAGGUCCUCUCCCGGAUAUACGUCCGCGAGAUCGACAUGCAACGAUCUACGACGGUGGGAAAGUCCCUGUGAGCAUGACCCCAGCAUCUCUCGUUGGUAAAGCAGUCGCCGCUGUGCUUCGAACUCCAGAUCAGACCAGGAACCGAUCUAUUUUGAUCCACGGAGGAGCUUUCACGCAGAAUCAAUUUCUGUCGAUCGUUCAACGAUACGUUGGCACAGAUGGAUGGCAGAUUGAUCGACAAGAAACUGCCGACAUGGAAGAACGAUCGUGGAAGGCUUAUGAGAAGGAUCCUCAGGAUGUCCUCAGUUGGCUGCCCGGCUUCGUUCGACUAGGGUUGUUUGGCAAUGGGUACGGGGGUGAUUUCACAGGUCGAACAGCCAGCGCUGACCUGGGACUGAAGGAGAUGUCCGUGGAAGAUCUUGAGGCUCUCAUUAAGAGUAUUGUUUCGUGA